AUGACCUCCUCCAUCACCCCCGCGGCCUCCACCGCCAGCAAAAACAAGGACAAGCCCCAGGGCGCCCAGGACAACAACAUCCUCUCCGCCCCAAUCGCCCAAGAUGACGAUUCCACCAGCGAGAAAAUGGUCGGCGAAGUAACCGAAUUCGAGAAGCGCAAGAUCCUCGACGGCAAGGCCAAGUUCAGCCGUCUCGGCUGGAAGCGCCUCACCAUCGUCCUCAUCGUCCAGGCCGUCGCGCUCGGCUCGCUCUCCAUCCCCGGCGCCUUUGCGACGCUGGGCAUGGUCGCGGGCGUUAUCUGCUCGAUUGGCAUUGGGCUCAUUGCGAUUUACACGUCGUAUAUCGUUGGGCAGGUCAAGGUUAGGUAUCCGCAUGUCGAGCACUACCCUGCUGCGGGAGGACUCAUGUUUGGACGUUGGGGUGCUGAGGCUUUUGGUGCCAUGGUUACGCUUCAGUUGCUGCUCCUCACGGCGUCGCAUUGCUUGACGGGGACUAUCGCCUUUGCGACUUUGACUGAGAGUAACAUCUGCAGUCUUGUCUGGGGUGUCAUCUCUGCUGUUCUGCUGCUGCUUCUUGCUGUGCCUCCUAGUUUCGCAGAGGUGGCUAUUCUGGGCUAUAUCGACUUCGCUUCGAUUAUUGCAGCUAUUGGAGUCACCAUCAUCGCGACUGGUAUUCGAGCUUCCGAUGCACCUGAACCGGCCAAUUGGUCCGCCUGGCCCAAGCCUGAUGUCACCUUUGCUCAGGCCUUUAUUGCACUUUGCAACAUCUUCUUCGCCUACAGCUUCUCUAUCUCGCAGUUCAGCUUCAUGGAUGAAAUGCACACGCCCACCGACUAUAUGAAGGCUAUUUGGACGCUCGGCGGUAUCGAAAUUGUUAUCUAUACUCUCACCGGUGCUCUCAUCUACUCCUUCGUUGGCGUCGAUGUUAAAUCUCCAGCUCUUCUAUCUGCAGGCCACACUGUUGCCAAGGUUGCCUUUGGCGUGGCCUUGCCAGUUAUUUUCAUCAGCGGCUCGAUCAACACGACUGUCGCUGUGCGCUAUAUCCACGGUCGAAUCUAUGAGAAUUCCAUCGCCAAGUAUAUCAAUACCCCUAAGGGCUGGAUCUCUUGGCUCCUUCUCAUCAGCAUCUUCACUUGGAUCGGUUUCGUCAUCGCAGAGGCUAUUCCCUUCUUCAGCGACUUGAUCGCUAUCACAUCCAGUUUGCUGAACUCGGGCUUCACUCUGUACUGGCCUGCAGUAAUGUGGUUCAUGCUUUUGAGAGAAGGCAAGUGGUACAGCAAGAAGAACAUCCUUUCCAGCGUUGUCAACGCCAUCAUCUUCAUCAUGGGCCUUGUCUUCUUGGUUGCUGGAACCUACUCCGCCGUCAUCGAUAUUAUCGACCAGUAUGACCAUGGAACUGUCAAGAACGCUUUCACAUGUGCUCCUCUUGGCUAA